GGUGAGGGGAAGCUUGGAGCCACUACUUUCUAUGAGUCUUCUGUAACAGGCAGAGACACAAGGAACUCCCCUUCCUUUCCCAGCUCAGCAGCGUGACGAGGAGGGAGCAGCCCAGACACAACAUAACGCAGUGCUGGAGCUGUCAGCGCUGGGAUUCCGGGGCAGUGUGUUCAUCACCAGAUAUUUUUGACGUCUUGCAUAUUACCUGAAACGUAUCUUCGUACAGAAAAUAAGGCUAAUAACCAUUUGCCCGAAUAAUUAGGCCAGUUUCAUCAUGGAAACUCUGUCCCAGGAUUCUCUCUUAGAAUGUCAAAUCUGUUUUAAUUACUAUAGUCCUCGAAGAAGACCCAAACUGCUUGAUUGCAAACAUACUUGCUGUUCAGUAUGUCUACAGCAAAUGAGGGCUAGUCAGAAAGACCUUAGAUGCCCCUGGUGCCGAGGUGUGACAAGGCUACCCCCUGGAUAUUCUGUUUCACAAUUGCCUGAUGAUCCAGAUGUUGUUGCAGUUAUCACAAUCCCUCACACUUCAGAAAACACCCCUGUCUUUAUUAAAUUGCCAAGCAACGGAUGUUACAUGUGGCCUCUUCCUGUCACCAAAGAAAGAGCUUUGUUGCCUGGUGAUAUAGGCUGCAGAUUACUACCAGGAAACCAGCAAAAACCAGUCACGGUAGUGACUAUGCCUAUGGAACAACAACCACUGCAAGGUGCAAUGACACCAGAUAUUGGAGAGGAGGAACAUGAGAGAAGAGGAGUUGUUAAAAGUUCUACCUGGUCUGGAGUUUGCACUGUCAUAUUAGUUGCAUGUGUUUUGGUCUUCCUACUUGGAAUUGUCCUUCAUAACAUGUCUUGCAUUUCAAAGCGAUUCACUGUGAUCUCAUGUGGCUGAAAUUAAUCCUGGGGAUUUUCUAUGUACAUGUUUGGCAAAAUAUAGAAGCAGAUGUACACAGCAGCCUUGUAAACAUAAGAAAUAUCAUCUGCCAAGGGGUGGGAACUUGACAGUGUCCUUCAUUUUGGAAGACCUGUGAAAGUGUUGUUUGAACACCCUUCUACAGUGCGGUUAGAACUAAUGAAGAUUGCAUGCGGUCAUCAUUCCUUCACGGGACUUAUGUGGUACAUUUGACUAUAGGAUAGUAAGAUGACUUAAUUCUAGCUCAUUGUGCUAUGGCCAUAUUCACCAGACUGUGACCAAGUGGUACUUUCCUUAGGAAACACAUUUAGAAUGACUAUGAGAUGAAAGAAGCUGGUUUUUAGGCAGAACAGUAUUUUUUUGUUUUGCUAUCAGACAGGUAGGACAUUCUAUGUUGCAUCUUUAGAACUUCACCAACAUGUAUCUACAUACAUCUCAGGUCUUAGAAUGACAUGGCUCUUGUAUGAAGAUAGCUUUUUUCUCAUUUGCUCUUUAAACUGAUUGUCUCAUAUUAUGUCCAUCAAUAUCUUGUAUAUUUUAGGUGCCUACAAUGCAGGUGAGACUGAAUGUUAUUUAUCAAUGUUGACUUUUGCAGAUGUAUGUCACAGAAUUGUAUCAUGGUGAUGCACGUAAAAAACAUGGAUGCAAAAAUACCCACCACCUUGCAAUAAAAAAGCCCUGUUACCAUUAUUGGUGCGUCACUGUACUAAAAUAGACAACAUUUUACAUGGAAUUAGGGGUUGACUGUAAUUGCUACUUCUAGUUUCCUUCUUCCAGUUUCUACAUUCCUCUUCCUAAAUGCACCAACUGCAAUAUUUAUUUUCUAGGUAUGUCAUGUCACAUCCUUAGACCAGCAAUAUUUAUGUGCCAAAACUACAGGUGCCAUGGUUUCCGUAUUUUAACAUUGUGUACACUAUUGAAAAUUUGAGAAGAACUUUGAUAGGUUCCAAGUCAUGUAAAUUGUUUGAGGGUGCAAUAGAAUAGUCUGCGUUAGAAAAAAUAUUAUGUGACCACAUAGGUUCCUUUAAUCACAAAUUCCAGAUUUUUAGGUAGAUAUUCAAUCUGACAUCCCAUAAAUUUAGAUUAUCAGAAGUUCUAUAUUAUUACAUGAGCACGAUGGACAUACAUUUUUUUUUUUUAUGGAUAACCGUGAGCAUAUAAAAUGAUGAUCCGCCCCAAAAUAAAAUUAUUUCAAAUUAAACUUUUUUUUUAAAUUCACCUCUCUUCUGAUUGCGAGUCAUGUUCAGGGUAUACAUUGCCAUUGUGGAUGAUAGGUUAUUUCUUUGACUUUUUAAGUUUAACAUUUUAUUGUGAUGUUUUAUGUUUAAUUUUUAUAUUGCGGUUCAUAUAUAUCUAUAUAUAGCAAUGAAAUCAAUACAGUUUUAAAAGGAUUUGUUUUUCUAUAUUUUACAUUUUUUCACAUAGACUAUCUUUUUAUAUUUAAUGAAGCUUAUGAUAUCCAACAUGUUCUGUUGCUUGGUCAGUGAUAUGUGGGUUUGCAUAUACAAUUGCUAUGUAUGGAUAAUGUUAUAAGAGAUACAGUUAACCAUUUGUUACAAUAAAAGUUGCUAAUGGUCCCAUAGACAUCAUAAAGGUGAGAUUUUUUUCUAUUAUUCUAAUUCUUAUUUUCCAAGUAUACAUUAAACCCAAAUACAUGAAACCUUCUCUGAGUGGAUUUACUUUCGUAUUAUCUACAUUUAUUUCUUUUUGUUGCAUUAGAUAUAAAGUAAAAAAUGAAUGGUACACAGUCUUACUACGUAUGUACAGGCACAAUGAUUUACGGAAGACGAAGAACUGUUUAUAAUAAAAGGGGUUGCCCCAAAAUGAUAACCUCUUUAAAUAUGUCUUGCUAGGUCAUAUGGGUGUCAUAGAGGCAUGUCUCCUGGGUAGGACCCCCACUAUUAGCCAUUCUGAAGAGCUGCUCAAGAAGAGGGUAUUUGCUCUGCAAUGCCUGCAUCAGUCACUGAUGGAGAAAUGUGUUGAUUGUUCAAGAUUUCCAAU